ACGAGCAUCCCUGCUAGCGGACACCCUCCCAGCAUGACCUCUUCACUUUCGUUGUGGAUGGCGAUGUGAGCUCAUCUUCGUGAUUUGGCGCGUGUUGGGUCCCCGUUGCUUAUGUCAUUUGUGUUUGAUGUCGCGCGUCGUGAGGUUCGUUCGCCAAGUUUGCGGAUCCUCUCCAGCGCUAGCGCACGCGGGCUCGCGCAGUUUUCAACAGCUAAUUAAUCACCGCCAGACCUGCUCGCGCUCGGUAGCUCCUCGUGUAAUCGGUCAAGGAGCGUAGUGUAAUUAACUUAACAAUUGAUUGGUGUUUCGCUAACAUGGCUUCCCUUUCAGUGUGUAGUGAGUGACCUUUUACCGAGUGAAAUCUGUGACAAAACCAUCGGUGCUUGGAUUUGUAUGAUUUAGAAAAACACUACAAAAUGAUCAAGCUGCUAAUGAAAAGAAGCUCAAUGAUAAGCACUCGAAAUUGGAACUUCCUGAUUGGAAUCGUGUGCGGCUGGAUGCUGUCGCUGUUCCUGUCCAACCUGGGCCACCUUCCCUAUCCGCUCACUCCAACAAACCAGAUGGUUAAUCUAACCGAGAGUGUGCGCGUACUGUGCUGGGUAAUGACGACUCCGGAAAACCAUCAGGAGAAGGUGGUUCCACUUAAGGCUACCUGGGGUGCUCGAUGUAACAAGCUGCUCAUCAUGAGCUCGGUAGCGGACGAAACGGUCGGUAGCAUUGCGCUACCGGUGAAGGAGGAGGGCCGUCAAAGUUUGUGGAACAAGACGCGCGAAGCCUUCCGGUACAUCUAUCAGCACCAUUUGGCUGAGUACGAUUGGUUCCUCAAGACAGACGAUGACACGUACGUGGUGCUGGAGAACCUACGCUACUUUCUCCAUCCGUUCUCGCCCGAAAUGCCGAUCUACUUUGGCAGCAAGUUCCGCUAUCCGGAGUACGUUAAGCAGGGCUACUUUUCCGGUGGGGCCGGGUACGUGCUGAGCCGUGAGGCCGUGAGGCGCUUCAACGAGAUGGCACUAGAGGAUGAGGAGCACUGUUCGGUGGAUUACGAUACGGAGGAUCUUGAAAUGGGAAAAUGUAUGGAGUACGUGAACGUGACGGCGGGUGACUCUCGGGAUGAGCUGGGCAGGAAGCGCUUUCUGCCGUUGGACCCCUUCUUCCAUCUUACCUCGGUGACGGAAGAGCCAGACUUUUGGUACAACCAGUACUCGUACUACGAGCCGCACUAUGGUAAAAACUGUUGCUCAAGUUUGGCCAUUAGCUUCCACUAUGUGCCAGGUAAGCAUAUGCACAUGAUGGACUAUCUGAUCUACGAUCUGCACCCCUGGGGAGCACGGUACGAGUCUGCGGCCCUUCCGAAGGCGAAAACUCUGGAGGAAGCGUUGACCAUCGCUGGACCGUAUCCCAUUAGCACGAUGCAUCCGAUCCUGUCAGACUCCAGUAGCGUGGACUCCGUUGCUAGCGAAGGUUCUUCUACUGAUGAGGUGAUACCGAGCAGCAGUGUGCGGAGUAGUGAAAUGAAUUAGGAAUAUUUGUGUCCAUACUGUUUGUGAAAAAAACCGGAAAAAAUUCAACUAGUCACCUUUUAUUGGCCGAUACGUGUUGGCUGCAUAGUUUAGGGCAAUGAUUUAAUGUGUUUCCGUUGAGUGAUCCGCAUUAGGACGAAUAAAUUGGUCAA